AUGUGGUAUUUUUCCGUAUCAAGCAUUAAAGCCAUUCUUAGUUCGUUUAAUAGAGUGAGACGUGAUCGAAUUUUUGUUUGGAAUAAUUGGGUUCCUAAGAAAGUUGGAAUUGUGGCGUGGAGAGCCAUAAAUGAAAAACUACCAACGAGAACGGCUUUGGCUUUGAGACGAGUAAAUGUUCCAGAUUUAUCAUGCUUAUUUUGUGGUGAAUAUGCGGAGUCUUGUGAACAUAUAUUUGUCACAUGCCACUUUGCGCAAAUGGUGUGGCAGAAUAUAGCUAUCUGGUGUAAAAUGCCUCCCAUUUUAGCCUUCGAUUUUAAAGAUUUGCUGGAGCUUCAUGGUUUUAGUUCGGGUUUGAGGAAAAGAAAAAAGGCUACGCAUGCAUUAGUCCUGAUCGUCGGUUGGUGUAUAUGGAAAACACGUAACGAGACUAUGUAUAAUAAUGGCAUACUGAAUGUUUUGAAAGUGUUGGAGGAGGUAAAGUCGCUUGGGUUUCUUUGGGUUAAAAAUAGGUCGAAAGAAGCGUUUUUGACAUGGGAAGAUUGGAGUAGAUUUUCGUGUUUUGCCUAG